CAGUUUACUCUCUGAGUGCGAAUGGAAUACAAAGAAAAUGCUGUUUGCGAGUGCUGGUAAACAAAGAAAACCCACUGCCAACAGCUAAGCCCGGCCCUUCUGGAUCUUCCAACUGCUCUGGAUGGAUGCCAGCUGCUUGUUCGGAUGGGUGGGAAUCCACAAUAAACCAGGUCCAAACCAGGAACGGAACUACGAGGAAGUGACGAAGGCAACGGCGACGGAGCAUCUGGAGCGGCAGCAAAAACCCAAAACUAUUUGCACUCAACGGCGGCAACAAAUGUUGCUGCGGUGUUGCCUUGUGCUACUUACGGCUGCCACUUGAUGGCGAUGUGACUGUCGAAGCCGAUGUCGGUGUUUUUGCCCCAAAAUACAGCAUCCUCGCCAGGACUCCAAGCCAAAGUAUUCCUCGCCGAGCUGAGCAAAUAUGGAGGCGCCUGGUGAUGUGUUUACAAGUU